CAAAUAUCUAAAUAAGUUUAAAAAAGGGCAAAAUUUAAUAAAACAUAUUUAACAUUAAAUUAAAAAUCAAGGAACUUCAAUGUGGAAAAAUGAGAGUCGCGCCUAGUCACUGGGAAGCAUUUCUCGACAUUGCAGAAAAGAAUCCGAUGUUAAAAACUAAUAAAUUCAAUGGAAUCGAAGGAAAGGCUGUAGGCAAUAACUUAUGGAAGUCAGUAGCAAUAAAGUUGAAUAGUUUAGGAUAGAUACAAAGAGAAAACAAUAAAUGAAUGGAGAAGGAUAAGAAAAUUAAACUAAUUUUCUUUGUUACAUAUAUAGGCUGUAACAGACUGGAAAUCAAAGGUAAAAUCUAUAGCUUCAAGAAUUAGAAAUUCUUCAUUGCAGACUGGUGGGGGCAGUUUUGACGCCCCACAAUUAACACCAUUAGAAGAAAAACUUCUGAGUUUGAUGGGAACAAAAUGUAUUGCUGGUGAUAAAUCUCACUCCCAGGCUUCUACACCACAAAUAGUUCAUGAGAUUGAAGUAGUUGAUACAUCAUCUCAGAUGGAUAAGUCAUCAGAAGAAGUAAUGGAUGAUGAAAUUACAAACAUAGAUCAUGACUAUUCAAUAAAUAAUGGGAAAAGAUGUAAUAAUGACGAUCAUGGCACCAAAAUGAAACGGCAGAAGAUUACAAGUAUUCCAAGAAUUUCAAAAAAUUUGGUGGAAAUGACAUCACAGUCCCUCAAGAUUUUGGAAUCUAUUGACACAAAUAUAUCUCGAAUAGCGAACUCAUUCCAAGAUUUAAUAGACAUUCUAU